AUGGUUGUUUCUCCAGAUAAAAUACAUGAUACCUCAUUGCCUCUUAGAGAGCGAAUGGAAGCUUUAGUUCGCUUGAAGCAGCAAGAGAUUACACAAGCUUUAGCAGCAGUCGAUACAGUUGGAUUCCACACAGAUUCGUGGACGAGAGGAGAUAAUGGUGGAGGAGGUCAAUCAAUGGUUUUACAAAAUGGAACUACAUUCGAAAAAGGUGGUGUCAACAUUUCAAUUGUACAUGGCAAAUUGCCAGCACAAGCAGUUCAAAGGAUGAGAGCUGAUCAUGCAAAUCUUAAAGGUAGUGCAAGUGAUGGAAGUGCUGAUUUCUUUGCUUGUGGAUUGUCUUUGGUGAUUCACCCACAUAACCCACAUGCUCCUACAACGCAUGCAAAUUAUAGAUAUUUUGAGACAACGGACCCUGACACUAAAGAGACUCAAGCUUGGUGGUUUGGAGGGGGUGCAGAUUUGACACCGUCAUACUUAUACGAAGAAGACGCUAAACAUUUUCAUCAAAAGCAUAAAGAAGCAUUGGAUAAGUAUGACGAGACGUUGUAUCCAAAAUACAAGAAAUGGUGUGACGAGUACUUUUUUAUCAAGCAUAGAGGAGAGACCAGAGGUAUUGGGGGUAUCUUUUUCGAUGACUUUGAUUCGAAACCGGCUGAUGAAAUUUUACAUAUAAUUGAAAGUUGUUUUGACGCAUUUGUUCCAUCAUACGUGCCAUUGGUGGAGAAAAGAAAGGAUACGCCAUUUACCCCCGAGCAAAAACAAUGGCAACAAAUUAGAAGAGGAAGGUAUGUUGAGUUCAAUUUGGUGUUGGAUAGAGGUACCCAAUUUGGUUUGCUUACUCCAGGAUCAAGAGUUGAGAGUAUAUUGAUGUCAUUACCCGCAACUGCUAGUUGGGUUUAUGAUCACCAUCCAGAACCAGAAAGCGAAGAGGAUAAGUUGUUGCAAGUGUUGAAAAAUCCAGUCGACUGGGUUUAG